CGCAAUCCGCGCUCCUGACCCCAGUCAAUUUAGACAACGCAGAUGAUGAUUCGAGGUGAGACCCAUCGUAUAAACGGCUUGGAUCAGCGAAAGAUGACCCGACGUACCAAAUACCCAUACGCCCAGAUGAAUUCAAGCAAAGCUCACAGAAGAAAACCAUCCAGCAAUGUCAUACCCUCUUCUGCUCCCGCCCUAUGAGCCUUGUCUGUAAAUCCCCGAUACGCUUCCAACCCACCGACACGACUCUCUCCAUCUCCACCCUAUUCAACGCCUGUAAGACCGUCCGAAACCUCGAACAGAUACACGCCCACAUCAUCCUAAGGGGCGCCGAGCAAGACAACUUCCUAAUCACCCGCUUCGUCUGCCUCUGCAACUCCUUCUCCGGAACCCGUUACGCUACUGCCGUCUUCGACCGCGUCGCCCGCCCCAACAUCUACCUUUGGAAUUCCAUCAUUAAAGGGUUCUGCGAUAAUUCGAUUCUUCACAAUACCAUCUUGCUUUUUAAGCGUAUGAAGCGGUCGGAUACCCCUCCUGACCGCUUCACCUUCCCUUCGCUGCUCAAGGCCUGCUCGAAUGAAUUGGCGGUCCGGGAAGGCAAGGCUAUUCAUUGCGCUGUUGUGAGAUGUGGGGUCCAUGCGGAUUUGUAUGUUCGCACGGGUUUGGUUGAUUUUUAUGGGAAAUGUAUGGAGAUUGGGUGUGCGCGUAAAGUGUUCGAUGAAAUGUCCGAGAGGAAUGUGGUUUCUUGGACCGCAUUGAUUUUUGGGUAUGUUUGUUCUGGUGAUGUUGGGGCUGCACGGAAGCUUUUUGAUGAGAUGCCGAAUAGGAAUGUUGCUUCGUGGAAUGCUAUGGUUGAUGGGUAUGCAAAGCAUGGGGAUUUGAAGACUGCCCGGCGGCUAUUUGAUGAAAUGCCGAAGAGGAAUGUCAUUUCGUACACAUCGUUGAUUGAUGGGUAUGCGAAGGCUGGGGACAUUGCCUCUGCAAGGUAUCUGUUCGAGCAGUCUAUAGAGAGAGAUAUAGUUUCAUGGUCAGCUUUGAUAUCCGGUUAUGCGCAGAAUGGUCAGCCAGAUGAAGCACUGAAGCUCUUCAUUGAAAUGCGCAACAAAAAUGUAAAACCCGACGAGCGCAUCAUGGUCAGCUUGAUGUCGGCAUGCUCACAAGUUGGUAGCUUGGAGCUGGCUAAAUGGGUUGAUUCCUUCAUCACCCGAGGUGCAAUUGAUCUCAAACAGGCUCACGUCACUGCAGCUCUUAUAGACAUGAAUGCAAAAUGUGGUAACAUGGAGAGAGCAUUGCAGUUGUUUGAGACGAUGCCGAAGAGAGAUAUGAUUUCAUAUUGUUCAGUGAUACAAGGCUUAUCAAUCCAUGGAUGUGGAGCUGAGGCAGUCAGGCUCUUCCAACGGAUGCUAGGGGAAGGACUGAUACCUGACAAUGUGGCCUUCACAGUCAUCUUGGCUGCCUGUAGCCAUGCAGGUCUUGUUGAAGAGGGGUGUCAAUAUUUCAAAUCAAUGAAGGAAUAUGGCAUACUUCCUUCACCAGAUCACUAUGCUUGUAUGGUUGAUCUUCUUGGUCGAGCGGGGCGCUUGAGAGAAGCCUACGAACUUAUAAAAUCGAUGCCCAUAGAGCCACAUGCUGGUGCUUGGGGUGCAUUGCUUAGAGCUUGUGGGUUGCAUUGUGAGAUUGAGCUUGGUGAGAUUGUUGCAGGUCGCCUUUUUGAGGUUGAACCGCACAAUGCAGGUAAUUAUGUGCUUUUGUCAAACAUUUAUGCGGCUGCAAACAGGUGGUCAGACGUUUCAGAGGUGAGAACCAGGAUGAGAGAGAGGGGGGUCAAAAAGAUACCUGGUUGCAGUUGGAUUUAGCUCAUCUGCUGACACUUUCUUGGAAUAUUCUUCUUCCAUCAACGGCCUACUCAGCCAAUACUACUAAUGUACCCCAUGAGAGCUUUUGGGAAGUGCAAGAAGGUUUCGACGGCUUGUUGGCAAACCUCCGGAUUGUGACUAUAACAAACAUCAUUGGCAGCAAAAACGAACUGCGUUUUGUAGAGCUUGUACUCACGAUUGCACCAGUGCUUGAGAAGAUGAAUAUUAAGAUUCAGGCAAUGGUAGUUCAUGAGCAAUUGAGGAUUUGUAGAGAUUUGUUGGGAUUUCGAAGAGCUUCACCACAAGCCAAGAUCAUCUAGGGCCUCAAUGGAAGCAGUUAGUAUAUUUCUCUUUUUGUUUGUUUUUGAGAGAA